AUGGCCAUCACUCAGGUUCCCCGCGGCCCUGUUACCGCCAAGCUGAACUUCUUUGAGCCACCAGCGGAUGGUUCAAUACCUUACAACAACCUCGGUCUGCCAAGGGGCAGCCCCGGUAGUAACAACUAUGGCGUUGCCGCACAUCAUGUCGACAUCGAGGACAUCCGCGGCCGCGAGGCUGAGUUCAAUCUAGAUCGGGACGCUUUCGCAGUUGUUCAGGGUCUACCUCCGUCCCGCGAGGUAGACUUCGUGGACGACGAGUCAAUCAAGGAGAAGUACUACCCUGAGGUCGAGAAGCUCCUCCUGGAGCAGAUCCCCGGCAGCAACCGAGUGGUGAUCUUCGACCACACAGUCCGUCGGUCGUCGCCCACUGCCGAGCGUGCCCCUGUGUUGCAGGUGCACAUCGACCAAACGGCAAAGUCAGCGGCCCUGCGCGUACACCGCCAUCAGCCUGAGAUAGCCGACGAGCUUCUCAAGGGACGUUACCGCAUUGUCAAUGUCUGGCGUCCGCUCAACAAGCACCCGGUUGAGGCUUCCCCGCUGGCUAUGGCGUCCUCCUCCACACUCGAGGAUCGGGACGUCGUUCCUGUCGAGCAUCGCUACCCGAAUGGGUACACGGGCGAGACAGCCGGAAUAAAAUACAACAAAGGUCAACGCUGGUACUAUCUCAGUGGCAUGAAGGGAGACGAGCGAUUCUUGAUUGAGUGCUUCGAUAGUGAAAGCCUGAAACCGGAAUCGCGCGUACAAGGGGGUCGGGUGGCUCAUACUGCCUUUGAGGAUCCGAGGACCAGACCUGAGGCCGAGGGUCGGGAGAGUAUUGAAGUGCGGGCUUUGGUGUUUGGGCCGUGA